GAGCCAUAACCUCGUGGUGGCUCGUGCAGCUGCUACUCUCUCCUAUAAAAUUUUGUUGUGUAUUGAAAUAUGCGAAUUUUUUUGUAUAUAUUGUUGCCGUGAGAACCUUUCGCAUUAUUUCACAUAGUGCUGAGUGCCAAGACAUCAGCUAUGUUUUUCUUUUCUUUCCCUCCUUAACAACUUAUAAAAAGAUUCAUUAUUCAACGGGACGCUGUGCGAGGCGUAGAGAGACAAAUAGUUAUGUUGAUAGAUGCUACCAAAAUUUUACUUUUUUUUCCCCACUGCUCACAAAAGCAGGAGACUCUUCAGUACCCCCUGGGCAGCUGAGGAGGAGCAUUAGCUGAAGGAGUCGUCUUGCGUCCCAAAUGUCGUGCCAAAAUGAAGAAUUUAGUGUCUCCUCGGAGAUUUACAGCGAAACGGAUUUUAAGAGUCAAGCUGGGAGGAAUGGAUAUUCCAUCUCUAAGUUCUUUUUUAUCUGGCCAGAGGGCCCAGAACGGCCAGAAGCUAGCAAGGCUGGGAAGGAAGCUCACCCCAAGGUGGAUAAAGAUGGAGAUUUGGUUGUGGUGCGCAGAACAAAGUCUGUGCUGGAGCUAGAGCACUCCCAGGCGACAAAUUUGAAGCUGGUGGGGCUGCAGGUGUGGCGCGGAGCCCUCCUCCUGGCUGACUACAUCCUCCAUCGACGUGAUUCCUUCCGCAAAAAGUUGGUACUGGAAGUUGGGAGUGGUUGUGGACUCACCAGCAUCGUGGCAGGCAUCUACGCUAAGCAAGUCAUCUGCACGGAUAUCAGCGAUGGUGGAAUCCUCAACGUUAUCCGGCGCAAUGUCCAACGGAACCUCCGGAGGAAUGUCACAGUCCAAGAAUUGAACUUCCUCCGUCCCGACGUGUGGACAAAGACACUCAAAUCCCAUCAAGAUGCUGGAAUUGACUUUGUCCUGGCUGCCGAUGUGAUCUACGACGAUGACAUCACUGAUGCCUUCAUCAGCACCCUCGAUCGCCUCCUCAGCCACUCAAAUCACCCAAUGUGCGUCCUCAUUGCCCUCGAGAAGAGAUUCGUCUUCACCCUCGCCGAUCUAGACACAUCGGCACCCUGCUUUGAGUACUUCCUGCGGAAAUUCGAGAAACUCCGCUACUCUCGCGGCUGGCGCUUGGAAUACAUUCCAAUGACAAACAUCCCGCAGUAUUUCACCUACGAGCGUGUACCCCAACUCACCCUCAUCCAAAUCACAAAGGUACCCAUUUAAUGCCCCAAAGAAAAGUCCUUUUUCUCUGUAAAAAUUUAUUUAUUUCACAAGAUUUUUUUUUCUUAGAAUUUAGCCAAGAUGAUCAAUAUUUUACAUAAUAUUAAAUUUUUCUUCCCAGGAAAAUCCUGGAAUUUAUAUAAAUUCAGCACGUUUUAAGACUAAUAAAAAAACAUUUUUCGCAAAAAAAAAA